UGACAUUCACACGAACAACAAAAACAGCUCGGAAAUGUAUGCAAAUGUGAUGUUUCCAAUACAGCGAUCUUUAAUCGAUAUAAAAUAAAGCAUUUGCAGUGUUUUUAGCCUUAUUUUUGUGUAGUGUAGGUGACGGGUACGUUUUAUCAUGCGUUAGUUAACGUAACAGGGAGCGUGUUUUUAUGUAAUGCUGUGACUUUUAUAAUCGGAUAGCGUGCCCAUCUUAAGUUUUAACUAACUUAGUUGUCUUAGUUUUUGUCAUUACGUCAACGAGCUAGAGCAAACAUGUCGGUGACAGGUGAGUUGGAUUCUGCUGAAUCCAGUUCUGGUUUUCCCCAUCAGUCCACUAAUCUGGGAGAAAGGAUGCUGACGGUAGAAGAGAUGGAGAAGCUCAAGAAUGACAGGGUCUUGGUGUCCGACUUCAAGCAGCAGAAACUCGAAACAGACGCUCAGAAAAACUGGGACUUAUUUUAUAAAAGAAACACAACUAACUUUUUCAAAGACAGACACUGGACCACUAGAGAGUUUGAUGAAUUGAGAAAAAGCAGAGAGACUAAGGGGCAGAAAUUGGUUUUAUUAGAAGCUGGCUGUGGAGUUGGAAACUGUAUUUUCCCACUUUUGGAAGAGGAUCUCAGUAUCUUUAUAUAUGCCUGUGACUUCUCUCCACGAGCUGUUGAGUUUGUGAAGCAAAAUCCCCUGUAUUGCACGGAUCGAUGCCUUGCUUUUCAGUGUGACCUGACUAAAGAUGAUCUACAGACCAACAUACAGGCAGAGACGGUGGAUGUGGCUACUCUCAUAUUUGUUCUGUCUGCAAUUCACCCUGACAAGAUGCAGCAAUCCUUGGAAAAUAUUUUUAAGGUAUUAAAACCAGGAGGUAUUGUCCUCUUCAGGGACUAUGGACUUUAUGACCAUGCCAUGCUGAGAUUUAAGUCAGGCAACAAGCUGGGUGACAAUUUUUAUGUGAGACAGGAUGGGACGCGUUCCUUUUUCUUUUCAAGAGAGUACUUGGACAGUUUGUUCCAGCGGGCAGGAUUUGAGGUUGUUGUGAAUGAGUAUGUGCUGAGAGAAACAGUGAAUAAAAAAGAGGGUCUGUGUGUUCCUCGAGUGUUCCUGCAGAGUAAAUUCUGCAAGCCUGCUCCGUCACAACCUCCAUGUUAACCGGUCACGUUUUCAAUACAUGCGCAAUCCCAACAUGCUAUGUGUCAAUUUAUUGUUUUACUGUUUCAUAAUAAAAGUUA